AUGACCGAUCCAAAAGAAGAAGUUCAAGAAGUAGAAAACCAAGACCAAGGUGCAAGUCCAAAUGAACAAUUACUUUUUGCUGCAAAACAAGAUUUAGAUGAAUUGUUUUAUGAAUUAGAAUCAAAAGGUGGUUAUGAUAUAAAUUUUGCAGAUGGGGUAAUACAGCUCUACACUAUGCUUUUAGAAUUGAUUUUAGAACAUGAAGGUACAGAUGUUGAUUUAUUAAACUUUCAAGGUUUAACUCCUUUACAUGCUUCAAUUCAAAUCUCAAAUCCAAACCAUCGGUUAUUAAUUUCAAAAUCUUUAAUUGAAGCAGGAUCCAAUCCAACAAUUAAAAAUAAAUUUCAUCAAACUCCAUUAGAAAUGUUAAAUUCAUUAACAUCAAAUACAAAGAAUGAAGAAGAUGAAGAAUUAAAAAGAUGUUUAACAAAUGCAGAAGCUGAAUUAAGUUUAGAUGAAACUGAUUUGGUUUUAGAUGAAGAUGAAGUAAUUGAUGAAAAUGAUCAAUCUGAUCUUGGUUCUUCUAAUUCUGAUUAA